GACGUUUCAGAGAAAGUCACUUCUGUGCUUCUCUCUCAAACGACCACUUCCUCUGUUCUCCCUCCUCCACAGACUAACGAUAUGUGAAACUGAUCUCUGGCUCUAAAGUUCCACUCCACUGUGUCCAUUUCUCUCUCUGUCUGUCAGUCACGUCCAAGGUCAUCAUGGAAACUCUCCUGUCCUGGGACCUGGUGUCUGUGGUCAGCAUGCUGUUCUUUGUCUGUACAGAGUCAGCAGGUGACUCAACAAAAUAUCAGAAAAACAAAUCAGCUUCUUUGGGAGAAAUUGUUACUUUGGUUUGCAAUAACUCAGAGACGAAUGCAACAUACAUCUGGAAGAAGGACACAGUUCUUAUUUUCUCUCAUAGUGACACACUGAAUAAAUCUGAAAGAACAUUCACCUCUGACAGGAUGAGUGUUGAUCCACCUACAAAGCUGACUAUCUUUAAUGUAGAGUUAAAUGACACCGGGAGCUACAGCUGUCAAAUAACAGAUGAUCAAAGUGGUGUACGGACAAUGGAGUGGAAUUUGACCAUCACUAAUAACCUCACAGAUCAUGCUGAAUAUAACCUACGGAGGUUAUUGCUCUUCACAAUUCCAUCUGCUAUUGGAGGAGUGGUUCUCUGCAUUAACAUCUGUUGUAUGGUCUGGCUGUGUAGGAAACAAAUUCCGGAACAGACAAGUCAUUGUGAUAGGCACGGAGAGGUGCAGCAGGAAUGCAAUGAAGAGAUGAUUUAUGAAAACUGUCUAGCUACAGAUGCUGUCAACAUGGACCCACAACACUGAGAGAAAAGGAGGCAGAUUAAACAGGAGGAGAACAGAGAAUGUGACUGAGGGGUGGAGGUGUGGGUGAGAAAAUGUAUAGCAUUUCUAUUUCAGACUUUGGAAAUAAUGUAUAUGGAAAUAAUGUAUAUGGACAUAAUUUGUACCAGAGCCUGAGAGACAGAUACGUCUCUGUACUAUAUAGUCAAAAGGUGGUGCUCAGGGGUUUAGGACUGGUUAGACUGUUGUGGGCUAGGAUUUGCAUAGAAGAUGGAAAGCUAAGCCUUGAUAACAGAAAAAUAAAAUUAUUUUUAUCUAUGGAUCAAAUGCAAUGUAUCUCAGAAAGUCACAUGUUGUUUCUAGAUAGCAGUGGCCUUCCUGCAUUAUUUUUAUAUUCAGAAGAACAUUGAAAUAAUGUAUCCACCCAGUUAAUGUGUCCAGGCCCUGAAAUAGACAUAAAGCAACAAGGAGGUCUGGUAGUUGGGUGUAAGGAACUAGAUCUACAUAGUAACAGCAACAACAACAAAAAUGAAAAUGAUGUCUAUUAUGAAAAACAAUAUGACUGAUGGACAACUACUGUAAAGUGUACACAUAUAGAGAAACAUGCUCACUGCAGAAUGACAACUUAAGGCCACUGGUCACACCAUGAUGGGAGAAAGACAGUGGUAUAGAGAGGCCUGGGAAAGAGUUGGUGCAGGUGUCAAACUGUUAAAUAAACGUUAUUUGUGAAUACAUGUGCAAAUAGAAAAUUGUAACAUUUCCUGCACUUGGUAAAUAAAAACAAAUUGUUGUCAUUAUUUACAUUAA